AUGUCACAUCAUCACCCUAGUCGUCUGGCUUCACUUUUCGACUCCAUUAUGGCGACAAGCUCCGCUGCAAGGUUCAACACCCUUGCAUUGAUUCGUAUGGCUUCUCAGAAAGCUCUGCAUGUAAGCAAAAACGCAAUCACAACAACAUCCUUGCUACCUACAACCUUUCAGCAUCUUCUUCGCCUGGCCCUCAACAAUGGUCUUGUUGCGCAACCCCUACCAAUAGACUCAUUGUGUAUCCCUCAGCAUCUCUGUUGCCUGGCUCUCAACAAUAGUCUCGUUGCGCGUCCCCAACCUAUAGUAUUGUCGCUUAUCCCGAAGCAUCUCUGUUGCCUGGCUCUCGGCAACGGUCUUGUUGCGCAACCACCACCCAUAGCCUCGUCACCUGAAUGGAUUGAAUCAGUUGAGAAAGAUAUGGAUUUUUUUUUGGCAAAUCAUUUACAAAGAGUGGGAGUCAGGUGUUGGUUUUAUCGGUACACAGAAAUGGAUAAGGAUCGUGCAUGCGUAACCCGGUCGGAUCUUUCACGCCCCGCCACAAAACCGUGUUUCGACUCGGCAUCUGGUUCCUUGCUCCCCUUUAAAACUACCCAACUCCAUCUCCAACUCCUCCCUCCAGAGACCAGAGCAACAGACCAAAUCUAUUCCAAAGAAACCGAAUCAAAGUCUUGUAGAUCUGCUUCUGGAUCACGUACAGUAUAA